GCCUGCCUCUGGUGCCUGCACAAUCGAAAUUUUUCAAAAAACAACCCUGAUUGACGUCACAUUGUACAAUACAUUACAAUACAAAAUAAAAAUAAAAUGCAGUGUUUGUGUUAUUUCGUGUUACAAAUUAUUUGAAUUGUUAUUUUGAAGAAUACUUUGGGACUUAUUUUAUUUUGCUUAAUUAUAAUGACGGAGAGUGAAGAAGAGUAUUUAGAAGAUAGUGGUAACGGUGUAAAUUUAACAGGAUUUCUUUUUGGAAAUAUUGAUGAAUUAGGAAAUUUAGAAAGCGAUAUUUUGGACCCAGAAUCGCAGAAACAAUUAUCUCUGUUGGGAAAGUUAGCAUUUGGAUCAAUUUUAAAGGAAGUAAUAGGCGAAGAAGAAAUCCAGACUAAAACAGACUAUGAGUAUAGUUUUGCACAAAAUGAAAAUCUACAUAAUUUAGAUAGCACUGACAAUGCAGAUCAGUCUGAAAAUUAUGAUCAAAAAUCUCCGUCAGCUGAAGAUUUCUUUGACAUCAAUGAACUGGCAAAUGAAGAGAAAUAUGCAGUUUGGGUAAUUGUUUACUGAUCGUUUUUUGCU